UUAGAAAAAUGCAGACUUACUACCUGUUGUUCACCCUUGUUGCCCUGGUUUUUAGGGCUCACUCCCGCUCAAUACCAUUGCCUACUAAUAUGAAUGAUGAGGAAUUUGCAAAGAAUUACUUAAAAAAACUAUACAAUAUGCAAGAUGGACACACAACCAGUGAGAUGAGCAUGAAGCUGAGUGAGAUGCAGAGUUUUUUUGGGUUAAAGGUGACAGGAAAUAUGGAUCCUGAAACACUGGAGAUGAUGAGGGAGGCUCGUUGUGGGGUUCCAGAUGUAGCUUCAUAUGCUGAUGGGUCCUCAAGUACCAAAUGGCCCACAAACAAAUUAACUUACAGGAUUGAUCAUUACACUUCUGACAUGUCCCAGGCUGAAGUAGACGCCUCUAUCAAGACAGCACUGAAUGUUUGGGCUCAAGUCACCCCUUUGAGGUUCACCCGCAUUUACAGCGGUGUUGCUGACAUCGCGAUUACGUUUACUGUUGGUGAUCAUGGAGAUGGCUCUACAUUUGAUGGGCGUGAUGGGGUCUUGGCUCAUGCCUUUGGUCCCUAUCCUGGUAUUGGUGGAGAUACCCAUUUUGAUGAUGAUGAGACCUUCACUUUCAAAUCCCCUAAUGGAUACAUCUUGUUCUUGGUGGCUGCCCAUGAAUUUGGACAUGCCCUGGGUCUUGACCAUUCCCGUGAUCCAGGAGCUCUCAUGAAUCCAAGAUACACCUACAGAGAUGUUGACAGCUUCAUUCUUCCUCAAGAUGAUGUCAAAAGGAUUCAGGUUCUCUAUGGUUCUAACCCUGAAAAGCCUCAUGUUCGUACACCUCCACCCACUCCUAACGCCUGUGACCCCAAUCUGGUCCUGGAUGCUGUUACAACCCUGCGUGGAGAGGUGUACUUUUUUAAGGAUAGCUUUUUCUGGCGUCAAUACCCCCAGAGCCCUGAAAUAGAACAAUUUCUAAUUAAGGCCUUCUGGACUGAACUUCCAGAUAACAUUGAUGCUGCUUUUGAGGAUCCAUCCAGUGAUUUGGUGUACAUCUUUAAAGGCCAGAAGGUCUGGGCUCUCAAUGCUUAUGAUGUUGUGAAACGCGGAAGUCUCAGUAGCUUCGGCUUGCCAUCUAAAGUGAAGAAAAUCACAGCUGCUCUUUAUGAUGAGUACACUGCAAAGACAUUGUUCUUUACUGAUAGAUUAUACUACAGCUAUGACUCAUACUCCAAGAAGAUGGACGAGGGUUACCCUAAGAAGGUGGAGGACAGAUUCCGGAGAAUGACAGGACAAGUUACUGCUGCUUUUCAGAACCAGGGUUUCACCUACCUCUUCAGUGGACCGCGCGUUUUCGAGUUUAACGAGUCAGUGCUGAUGCGUACGCUGGGAAACAAAGACCUCUUGCAGUGCUAGACUCUUUGUCCUUUAUAUUUAUGUCACACUGAUCCAUCAGCAGACCUGCCGGUAUUACAGUAAACUAUUUAAUGAUUUAGAGUAUAAACUGUUUUUAAAUGUGUGUAUAUUGAGUAAUUAAAUGAGUGA